CCGCUUCUCUCGCUGUAGCUUUAUCUGCAUUUAUUUAGAGAUACAAAUUGGGUGUGUCUAGAAAAAAUUUUGUGCAUGUGAACUUGAAGUCCAGCUUUUUUCUUUGAGGCUUGGAAUUGUGCUUGGAUUUUGUUUGUUCCGUAAAUGUGCUCAAGUGGGUACUUGUGUGUUUGCAGAAAGGUUGACGCGUUGGAUGGUUCUGGGCUUGGGUGUUUGUGAUGGAACUGGAACCCUAAUUUUAUGCUCGACAGUGUUGGGAAUUUAGGGUUUUGUUGUUUGGGGAGUGGGAAAUGGUUGGCGAGGGGAGGGAGGGGGGUGGUGCGGAGGGUUCAAUAGGGGUCGUGAAUUGCAGUGUUGAUGCCGUAAAUGGGGUUGGAAUUGAAGGUGAGAAUGGCGCUGGUGGUGAUGGAAAUUCUGCAGGGUCUUCUUCCGAGGGUUUUCGGACGUACAAGAGGCGAAAGCAUGCUAACAUGGCCGGUAUGGAGACUAAGCUGCUUGAGGAUGGGAAGGUUGCUGCAGAUUCAGUCGGCCUGAAGAAGCUUAAGACAUUAGCAGAAAUGAAGGGCGGGGUUCUAUGUAAGAGUCUUCUUGAGCAGGUUAAUUGUCCUAGUAUGGAGUUAGGUGCUGUUAGGGAUCAUUCAGAGGAUUGCCCACUGGAUAGAUGGAGAAAAAUUGUCCUGGAACAAAUGUACCAGUCAUUAGGUGACAGUGAUACCAGUUUCCAGGGACUUCUGUUUCAUCCAGAUGGUGGCUGCAGUGCAGCAUCUAAGGAAGCUGUUCAUUCUUCAGAUGGCACUGACAAAUGCCCUCCACAAACAGUGGGGGCGGUCAAUGGAACCUAUAGUUCCUCUAAAGAGGAUGCAGAUGUAACAUCCAAUGGCCCAUUAAAUAAGUCAAACAGUACAACUUCUGAUUUAUGUCGACGUGCUUUCUUUGAUGUUGUAAUGUCAGAAAAGUUUGCUCAACUUUGUGGCCUGCUCUUGCAAAAUUUUCAAGGGAUAAAAGUUGAUAGCUUUUUGGGCAUUAAUCUUAUGAACUCAAGGAUGAAAGAGGGAGCUUAUGAGCGUUCGCCUAUGCUGUUUCAGUCUGACAUGCAACAACUAUGGAUUAAGCUUCAUAAGGCUGGUACGGAGAUGGUUUCUCUUGCAAAGAGCCUUUCAGACAAGUCAAGGACUACUUACUCUGAACUGCAGUUUCGUACUGGAGAAUCGGGUAUCCAAACUAAACCAGAGCAAUCAGAGGCCUAUGAUGUGUAUUUGAGUUGCCCUUGCCGUCAAUGUGGACAAAAGGCAGAAGGAAGGGACUAUCUGGUAUGCGAUUCAUGUGAGGAGAUGUAUCAUGUUUCCUGCAUUCAGCCUCCUGUUGAAGAAAUUCCUUCAAAAAGUUGGUACUGUGCUAAGUGCAUGGCCAGUGGCAUUGAUUUGGCCCAUGACAGUUGUGUAGUGUGUGCGAAGCUCAAUGCCUCUACAGUUCCACACAUUGGAAUUGAAAAUGAUCCGACAAAAGAAGCAGAACAUGGGCUCCAACUACUUAAAGAAGGAAAAUCCUUGCCCUGCUGCAAUGUUUGUCAGAAUGAAGUUGACAAUACUGAGAAUUUGGUGGUAUGUGGCCAUGCCUUAUGCCCUCACAUGUACUACCAUGCGAGAUGCCUCACAAGCAAGCAACUAAUUGCUUAUGGUCACUGUUGGUACUGCCCCUCUUGUCUGUGCAGAGGAUGCCUCACUGACCGAGAUGAUGAUAAUAUUGUUCUGUGCGAUGGGUGUGAUCAUGCAUACCAUACUUAUUGUAUGCAGCCGCCACGCACUUCAAUCCCUCGAGGGAAAUGGUUUUGCCAAAAAUGUUAUCCUGAGAUCAAGCGAAUACGCAAGGCAAAAAAGGUGUAUGAGAAAAACCAAACUAAACUGAGAAAGAGUGGUGAAGAUGGGAAAGGAUCGCCAAAGAAUCUUGAAAGCAAGCCGGAAGAGAAUUUAGAGUUGAUGGAUAAAUCUGGUGGAGUGGACAUGCUUCUAAAUGCUGCCAAAACUCUCAAUAACGAGGAGAAAAUGGCUGCAACUGACAAGAAGAGUUAAACGAAAAAAGUAUCCUAUAUGUGGAUCUCAGAUGUAGACGCUUUUUUUUUUGUUUUUCUGCAUAGUUUGGGGGAUUUACCCCCUUUUUUUGGUAGCCUGUAAACUUCCUUAGACUCAGCCGACUGAUCAAUACAGGGAAAGUUAGGAUUCUGCCAUUGUAACUAAUGAAGUGAAGUUGAGGAGGAUUCAAGAGCAGUGAGAGAGCAUUUCAAUCUCAGUACAGAACCCAGAAGCUACUGCUGAAUAGACGACUUGGGAUGUUGUAUUUGUAGCAGUACAGAUCUUUCUUAGGGAGGGAUGUCAGAAUCUAAAGGCAAUUUGUUGUAGAAUGAAGUUCUCUUCAUCAACCUUUCCUUGCAAGAAAAGCGGAAGGUCUUUUCUUUCUUCUUUUUUGGUUACAGAAUAUGCUCGAUGCCUGUGGAUGAUUGUAUUUUAAGCUUCAAUGAAGUUUUCUAGAUGAUAUAUUUGUAUUUGGCUUU